AUGCUUGGUGGCUUCGGGUGCUUCUUGCAGUCAAGGCCGGUUAUCAUCAACGCUUUGAAUGCGGGAAGGUCCUUCGGCUUAUUAUCCUUCACCAAGUGGGCAAUUGCGGGGAUGGCGUGGAUGAGAUUUCGUUUGGAGGAUGUAUCACCUUACGCCUAUCGACAAUGGGUUGGAAAAUCAAAGACCCCGAUAGAAACUGCUCAAGCUGUAAAAACGCAGUAUACCGAAGAGCAGAUCAAUAAUGGCAAGAUUGCGACGGAGGCCAUUGCAGAGCUCCUUGAAGACACUCCCAAGGUCAGCAUCAUUUGCUCUGUGUAUAUUCCCUGUCCCUUCCAGACGCUGACCAGGAACCAGGACAUAUAUUACUCUGCAGGAAUGAUCAAGCAAUGGUUUACCUUGUUCAUCAUUGCGGACAAAAACCUUGACGGGAACGUCACGCUGCAAGAACUUUUCGACCUUAUGUACAAGUACAAUUUUGACAAGGCGGACAAGGAGAAGAUGAAAGAAUUCUUCGAAGCUGCGGACUAUUCGGAGGACAAGAAGUGCCGUUUGGCCGGUACGUAA